AUGGGUCGCGCGGCUGGGCUUACCUUAGACUGGUCAAGUGGAUUCUCUUUAAGCGAAGGCACUCCUGGUGCACCACCUGUCUGGUCGUAUAGAUUUUCUCAACUAAGAGGCUCUAGUGAUGACGGAAAAUCUAAAUUAAAGUUACAUUUCCAAGACACCGAAACAAAAGUCAUUGAAACUAAGGAACUAGAAUGCCAGAUCCUUCAAAGUCUUCUAUUCUGUAUGCACGCGUUCUUAACGGCGAAGGUGGCUUCCGUUGACCCCGCCUUUCUCGCUUCCAUACAACACUCUAACUAA